GGCGCUGGUACACCCCGAGCCCUGUUGACGGAACGUUCUUCUGUCACGGAAGCGGAAGUGGCGACGAUCCCGGUCUGGUGAUUAGAAGGAUCAUAGAGAGGCGGAAGAUUGUCAGCCAUGGUGUGCAUCCCCUGCAUCGUCAUUCCAGUUCUCCUGUGGGUCUACAAGAAGUUCUUGGAACCCAUCAUCUACCCCUUCAUAGCGCCCUUCAUCAACAGGAUUUGGCCAAAGAAAGCCGUUCCAAGCAUCCCGUCCUCGGAGAACACGGGCAAAGUAGAAUGCAAUGGCAGCAGUAAGCCCACCAGUAAUGGAAGCGUUAAUGGAAGCGUCAGUCAAGAACAUGAAGAAUCGUCCAAUAAAAAGACAGACUGAACAAUCCCCGACGAAUGGAAAAACAACCUGAUCCAAGACCUAAAUCUCCUAAGCUGAAAAUAGGACCGGUCUCUUUCCAGAUAAUAAGGACUUUCUAUUUAUUGACCAUGUAAAUGUAACACAUUAUUGUAUAUAUUACAUUCCAGAGUUUUAGAAAUUGUCAAAAUAUGACUGAUUUAUCAAUAAUAAAAUAUAAUGACUUGUAAACAAA